GUUUUCUUUUCGUGGAGAGGCACCAUGGCCAGGAGGACGGUAGUUCUCUGCAGCUGGAUGGGAUUUGUGGUUCUCCUGGCGUUUUUCUUGCUGGGAAACCUAGUGGGCUGGUGUGUGAAAUCAGUUCAUAAAUCGACUGGAACGUCCAACAUCUUUCAAAAUGUGCGAAGACAACUUCUUGCAGAAAUGAGAGCUGAGAACAUCCGGGAUUAUCUCCGUGCUUUCACCAGGCUCCCCCAUGUAGCAGGAACAGAACAGAACCUUCACCUGGCAAGACAGAUACAAGCUCAGUGGAAGGACUUUGGCUUGGAUACAGCCAAGCUAGUUCAUUAUGAUGUCCUACUUUCCUACCCGAAUCAAAGCACCCCCAACUAUGUUGCCAUUAUUGAUGAACAAGGAAAUGAGAUUUUCAAGACAUCACUUUCUGAGCCUCCUCCUCCAGGAUAUGAAAAUGUCUCUGGAGUCCUACCUCCUUAUAAUGCUUUUUCGGCACAAGGCACACCUGUGGCAGAUCUGGUGUACGCAAAUUAUGCCCGAACUGAAGAUUUUUUCAAACUAGAGCGGCAGAUGGGAAUCAACUGUACAGGAAAGAUUGUCAUUGCCCGAUAUGGGAAAGUAUUCAGAGGAAACAAAGUUAAAAAUGCCAUGUUAGCAGGAGCUAAAGGGAUUAUCCUUUACUCAGACCCUGCGGAUUACUGCUCUCCCGGAGUCAAGCCUUACCCAGGUGGGUGGAAUCUUCCCGGAGGAGGAGUUCAACGAGGGAACGUGUUAAAUCUCAACGGGGCAGGAGAUCCUCUCACUCCAGGCUAUCCAGCCAAAGAAUACACCUUCAGAUAUGAGACGAAGGAUGGAAUAGGGAUUCCCAAAAUCCCAGUUCACCCCAUCAGUUACAAUGAUGCCGAGAUGCUAUUACAGUUCAUGGGAGGGUCCAAAGCUCCGGAUGAGACUUGGAAGGGAAAUCUGAAUGUGUCCUAUAAUGUCGGGCCUGGGUUCUCAGGUUGGAGGCCUAGAAGAACUAUCGUUUUUGCCAGCUGGGAUGCAGAGGAAUUUGGGUUAUUAGGUUCAACAGAAUGGGCAGAGGAGAAUGCCAAGAUUCUUCAGGCAAGAGCUGUGGCUUACAUCAACACAGAUUCUUCUAUCGAAGGCAACUACACAUUAAGAGUUGACUGCACUCCCCUUCUCAAUCAGUUGGUGUAUAAUCUGACAAAAGAGAUUUCAAGCCCCGAUGAAGGAUAUGAAGGGAAAUCUCUCUAUCAAAGCUGGAUUGAGAAAGAUCCAUCUCCACAAAAUAGGGAUCUCCCUAGGAUAAACAAACUCGGAUCAGGCAGUGAUUUUGAAGCUUAUUUCCAGCGAUUGGGGAUUGCGUCAGGAAGGGCACGCUAUACUAAGAAUAGGAAAGUGGACAAAUUCAGUAACUAUCCAGUUUACCACAGCACCUACGAAACCUUUGAGCUGGUUGAGGACUUUUAUGACCCUACAUUCAAGAAGCAGCUUGCUGUUGCUCAAGUGCGGGCGGCCUUGGUAUAUGAGCUGGCAGAUUCCCAGGUCCUUCCUCUGCAUUGUCCGGAUUAUGCGGAAGCUUUAAGAAUCUAUGCCAAUGGGAUCUACAAUUUGGCCAUGAAACACAAAACGCAACUUGAGAUGUACAAAGUAUCAUUUGCUCCCCUCUUUUCCGCAGUGUCUAAUUUUACAGAUGAAGCAAUGGAUUUUCACUACAGAUUGUUACAGCUUGAUAAAAACGAUCCCAUAGCCAUGAGGAGCAUGAAUGAUCAGCUGAUGCUUCUUGAGAGAGCUUUCAUUGAUCCUCUUGGUUUGCCAGGCAGGCAGUUUUACAGACAUAUCAUAUUUGCUCCAAGCAGUCACAACAAGUAUGCAGGAGAGUCCUUCCCUGGGAUCUACGAUGCUAUGUUUGACAUUGAUAGCAGAAAAGACCAAAAUAAAGCUUGGGAUGAAGUCAAGAGGCAGAUUUCCAUUGCAGCCUUCACAGUGCAGGCUGCUGCAGGGACAUUAAAAGCUGUGAUAUAGAAUAGGAAUAUUUCAGAGAUGCUCUGUUUGAACUCCACAACUAGGAAAAGAGAUCAUUCUACAAGCACAAGGAAUUUUCAACAGAACUACAUACUACUACAUAUCUCAUGGAUGUGGAUUGUGUGAAUGCUGGUGCUCAACACCAUGCCUAUGUUGACUACAACUGAAAGGACCAAGACGACAUUUCCAGCCCAUCUCCUUUCAGAUAUCAGCCAGCAAGCCCACAUCUUAAAUCAAGAAAUAGCUUCUUAAGAUCUACAGAGAUACUCACAGGAACCCAUCCUCUGGAGACCCACAUGUUCUUUAUCUCGUUCCAAUUUUUUUUUUGUACAAAUAAGGAAUAUCUACAAAGUUUGACCAUAAACUCCUUCCGUUCUACUUUCCUACCUUUGGUUUCAAAUGUGAUGGUCAGUUUCCAACCAUCUGACCAUAGCUUCAAGUAGGAGAAACUAGACUAGUUUACUUCUGAAGACAGAUUUCUUUUAGCUAAUCCAACUAUUUGCUUCUGAUUAUCUUCACUGAAUGCUAUUGCUUAUGAAGAAAACAAGUUCUUUAUUCUAUGACAGCAUGUAUAAUAGUUACUUGAGGGCCGCAGCAAGGAAGGCUUGGUUUUAUAUCUGAUAAUAAUUUAGUAAAAAAGGAUAUUGGAUUCUUAGAAUAAGGUCUUUUAAUCUAAAUCACCAGGUUCAACCACUAUAAUGCCACUCCCCUAAGGGUCAGUGCUAGCCUACUAUAAAGAUAGGAAUUAUCUGCAUUACGGAGUUAUAGAUAUGCCAUCUUCGGACAUAGUAUUGGCAUGCUGGUGUCAACACACCCAGUCGUGUGUGUUGAUUAAAAGCACCAUGUAACAAUAGUAGUGAUCAGCUUCCCCCUGCUCACAAAUGUCAUGCUUCAGCUAGCAAGUUGUCAAAUGCUUCAUCUUCUCAAUCCCCUCUGAAAGUUGUGAUUUAAGAUCUGUGUUUAAGAUCUGUGUACUAAAAUUGAGAUACUGGGUUCUGCAAAUCUGCACUCACCCAUGAAUCUUCACUCACCCUACUGGGGAUAGGAAAGCAGUUGUUACCUCUUGGCCUUAUCUACCUCAAAGAGAUAGGUUUGUUAGCUUGUUUUAAUAGAGAAAGGGGAUGCCGUAAUACCUUUGAGACGAACUGAAAGGAAGUAGCCUGAUCUUUUGUAGGCUGAGUCUACUGCAGCAGAUACAACUGAUGAAAUGUGUUACCGUAGUCAUUUACAUACUACUUUCAUACUGUUGUGGAUGAUAUUGACAGGAAGGGAGAUGGGUAGAAUUGCGCACAGAGCUCAGUGGAGGAAGGGCAAGAUAAAACAUACAAAAUAUACAAAUAUGGAAGCUAAACGUAGAUUUUUACUGUAAAGCCCUAUCUUCAGAUCCUAACUUUAGAGGAACAGAAUAAUUACUCAUACCAAAUAAGGACAUUUGAACAUAGAUGAUCACAGUACUGUGUACUUUGAGAAGAUGCAUCCUAUUACAAGUUCCCCAUUCUGGGUGGAUCCUUCUGUAUGUUCCUUCCCAUUUUAUUUUGGUUCAAAAGUAGUUCAACUAAUGGAACCAGUGACCUUUAUUUUCAAACUACAUCUUAAGCACAAUCUGUUGAAAACAAUUCCUUGUUCUGACACUGGUACUAUUUCUGGUGUUUAAUUGAACACAGCUCAUUGCUAAUAUGCCUCAAGCCAAGCUUGAGAUUCUCAUUUAUGGAAUGAGCUAAGUUUGAACACAUCUCCAGCAGAGAGUACAGCUGUCAGCAAUUUAUAGUGCUACACUCAACAAAGGAAAUCAGUUUUCCAAAAGCUUCACCCUUUACAUAUAUAUAUAGUUUAACUUUACCAACAGCAUUUCAUCAGAAGCCCAGUGCAAUUUGUUUCUUUUCAUAUUCAUUCAGUUCUAACUACAAGUCGUUUCUGGUUAGGCAUUUUGAUACUCUGCUGCCUAAUAUGCCUGCCCAGUGUGGAAUACAUCUCACCACGUUAAAACAGUGGAUGUGGCUCUUAAAGACACAUGCUGCAUUAUCACAGGAUGUCUAUGCCCUACACCACUGGAGAAAUUAUAUUGUUUAACCUCUAUUGCACCACCUAACAUCUGCCAGGAAGUAGCAGCCAAUGAUGAAAGGACCAAGGCAGUGACAUCUCUGGCCCAUCCCCUGUUCGGAUAUCAGCCAGAAAGUCAACAUCUUAAAUCAAGAAAUAGCUUCUUAAGAUCAACAGAGAUACUCACAGGAACACCUCAAAGCCAGAGUCCAAAAGUAGCAGGUUAAAACCCAGAACCUCAAUCAGUGGCUGAUACCAGAUGAGAAACUCCCUCCUGGGCACACAGAAGACUGGGUGACUUGGAAGGCACUGAACAGACUGUGCUCUGGCAUCAUGAGAUGCAGAGCCAACCUUAUGAAAUGGGGCCACAAAGUGGAGUCCAUGACAUACGAGUGUGGAGAAGAGCAAACCACAGUUGACCUAUUACAAUGCAGUCUGAGCCCUGCCACAUGCACAAUGGAGGAAUUCUUAUAGUAACACCAGAGGCACUCCAAGAGGCCAGCUUCUGGUGAAAGGACAUUUAGUAUAAUGCCACUUUUUUUUAACUUUGUGUUUUUAAAUCUAUUACAACUGUACCCUCUGUCUGCUUCUGACAUGAUAAAUAAAUAACUUCUAACUAAGGUUUUAAGGUAAUGACAUGGUUUUCUUAGCAUUUCCACCUAAGUUCUAAAGCACAGUGUGGAUUUUAAAAGUCACAACUGGCCACUGUAGAGGGGACAUUUUUGGAAAAGCAGAGGGAACAUUUGGCCACAAGGCAAAGGAAGUAACCAUGACGUUUUCACUGUAGUUGUGAUUAGAGUUGUCGAGUGUUUAUUUAAAUAACCAACAGAUAUUGCUAUGACACAAUGUGUUGCUAGUCUGGAGAAAACUAGAGAGUUGUGCAAAAGAAGAUUUUUGUUUGGGAACCCCCACUUAGAUCACCAGUAAGGAUUGUGCAUCUCUCCUAACGUUAUUAGACUGUAACCCCCAGCAUUCCUCAAUCUUGGUUAUGCCAGCUACAACUGUUGCCCUUUGCAAUCAAGGGAAGAACCUUAUGGUCCCCAUCAAUGAGUGAGAAAGAGAAUGAAACCAGCUUCAUAACUGUUUAUUCCACAAAUUUAUAAAAAGGCCUGAAAACAUAAGACCUCUAAUGUUCAACAAAAAGUAAAACUUACAUUCAUGCAGAGGAGAAAAAAA